AUGAUGGAAUCGGCAGAGAAUCAGCAACUAAUACCUGAGGGUGAGUCUACAAUUCCGCGAAAAUCGUUGAAUUCGGAAGCAGCGCUCCUAAGAGCCCCAUUGCACACAGCACAUUAUAUAGCACCGACACGAAAUACGGGCUGGGUAUGGGAGUAUUUCGCGUUGGCUCUAAGUGCGAGCGCAGUGACCGCAUUAAUAGUCCUACUUGCCUACAUGAACGACUUGCCCCUGUCUCAUUGGAAAGCAAUAGUCUCUCCAACCACAACAGUGUCUAUUCUUGCAGCCACUAUUAGAGUUUCUCUAAGUUUCGCCAUUAGCUCUUGUCUUGGCCAAGCUAAGUGGACCUGGUUCAAAAAACAGCCAGACAAGUUACUAGCCUUCAAAAGAUUCGAUGAUGCGAGCCGAGGGCCGUGGGGAAGUUUCUGGUUGAUUAUUUGGGUUAAAGCGCUGUAUCACAUUGCUGCAAUCGGUGCAGCUGUCACAAUACUCCUCCUGGCUUUUGAACCGUCAUUUCAAGCCAUAAUCACUUUUGACUGUAGGAUAGAUUCAUCGGAUGCUGAGUUAGAGGCCCUUCUCGGCCGUAGCGAAUUCCUCGACACUGGCACAUAUUAUGCAUACGAGGGGAUUUCAGGGGCAAUAGCUAUAUCACCCAACACAACGGUCACCAUCGUACCGUACGUUUCACAGCCAGAUUUGGGUCUGGUAUCCGGUAUCAAUAGCGGUUUCUAUAAUCUUUCGUCAGCGAAGAGACAGACAGCGUCUUUUGCAUGUCCUACUGCCAACUGCACCUGGACCGCCUUCACUACACUGGCUGUGUGUAGCGCAUGCAAUGAUGUAACGAGCUCCAUCAAGCGGCACCGGGAAGAAGCCAAUGAUAUCGGCACGCUCAAACAUCACGACAUGCAGAUAUACACGAACUGGACAAUCAACGCAUUGCCACGACUCAAUCUUACCAACAUGAGCACGGCGGAAGACGACACUGGACAACUCACACCUGCGUACAUGUCAGCCACAAGACUCGUCAAUCAUCAGCACACAAUAACGUUUCAGAAUCUCAGCACCAUGAUGACGGCAGUGCAGAUCAUAAAGGCUUCGGAUGAAUACAUACAUGGCAAUAUUCCGUGGGACGAUUCGCCAGUCACUGCCAUAGAAUGUGCUCUUUAUUUCUGUGUCAAUGCCUAUAAAUCUCAUGUCGUGCAAGGAGAACUCGAAGAAGAACCCAUCGCGAGUUGGUCCGAGCGCGACCCAAAUUCGUUCGCUGUCACUGACACCUCCCUGGCUUCUCCUGAAGUGUUGGAAGAAUGGGAUCGAUGGAACAACUAUUCACUUUAUAGCGAUUAUGGAGACGCACAACGAAGCGAUCUGAAACUUUUUAUACCUCACAAUGACCCUCUGCCUUUUGGAUUACCAGAAAAUGUCACGACAGUAUUCACCUUGACGCAACGCGCCAUUGGUAGUACCUUGCACUUUAUAAAUGAAGACUUCUUCUCCGAGACUAUGGUGUGGCCUCUCCAAGGGGACGGAUUAGGGAGGGGGGCGCCGCCAGUCGUUCAAGCGUUAUAUCAGAGUACCAACAUCUCAGAAACGUUCCAGAAAGCAUCACAGAGUAUAACAAAUUGGAUACGCGACACCUCGAACGCAACACAUGUCGGUACAACGCAAGAAUGGACUAUCCGGAUCCACAUUGAGUGGCCAUAUAUCGCUGCGCCAUUGGCAGCAUUCAUAGCAGGUCUAGUAUUUUGCGCAUUUUCUAUCGCUGAAACCCACAAGCUUGGCCUCGAUGCCUGGAAAACCAACAUGAUUGCUGCACUAACACAUUCCGUCGAUGCCGAGACACGUGCACAGCUCAGGUAUGCUUACAGGCACGGGUUCUUGGACAAGGCAGUCAACGCAAUGAGUGUAAGACUUGAGGAUGCUGGUCACGGGCUAGAGCUCAAAAUCAAACAGACCUGAUUUGGAAAUCGGAAUUAAGCCGAAAUACCAACACCUGGAUGUAAAUCGAAUCCGCAAACGCUUAGCUGUGCAAAAUAGGCCCG